GGGCAGCGCUGCCCGCCGGCGGGAGGGAGGGCGCGAUGGAUCCCAACAGGAUCAUCCAGGCGCUGAAGGGCACCAUAGACCCCAAGCUGCGCGUGGCCGCCGAGAACGAGCUCAACCAGUCCUAUAAGAUCAUCAAUUUUGCUCCAAGUCUGCUGCAAAUUAUAGUAUCCGAUCAAGUUGAAUUUCCAGUGCGUCAAGCAGCUGCCAUUUACCUGAAGAACAUGGUGACACAGUACUGGCCAGACCGUGAGCCACCUCCUGGAGAAGCAGUGUUUCCGUUCAACAUCCAUGAAAAUGAUCGUCAGCAGAUUCGUGAUAACAUUGUGGAAGGAAUAAUUCGUUCUCCUGACUUAGUGAGAGCCCAGCUGACCAUGUGCCUUCGUGCUAUCAUCAAACAUGACUUUCCUGGCCAUUGGACAGCUGUGGUGGACAAGAUAGGCUACUAUCUGCAGUCUCCAAACAGUGGGAGUUGGCUUGGGAGCCUCCUGUGCCUGUAUCAGCUGGUGAAGACUUAUGAAUACAAGAAAGCAGAGGAGCGAGAUCCUCUUAUAGCAGCAAUGCAAAUAUUUUUGCCUCGGAUUCAGCAGCAGAUGAUUCAACUUCUGCCUGAUAACUCCCAUUACUCUGUACUGCUUCAGAAACAGAUCUUAAAAAUCUUCUAUGCUCUUGUUCAGUAUGCACUGCCACUCCAGCUGGUGAAUAACCAGACUAUGACUCAGUGGAUGGAGAUCUUCCGGACUAUCAUCGAUAGAAAUGUACCUCUGGAGACUUUGCAAAUUGAUGAAGAUGAUAGACCAGAGCUGGUGUGGUGGAAGUGCAAGAAGUGGGCAUUGCACAUUGUAGCUCGUCUCUUUGAACGGUAUGGAAGUCCUGGAAAUGUAACUAAAGAAUACUUUGAAUUCUCAGACUUCUUUUUAAAAACCUACGCUGUGGGCAUACAACAGGUUCUAUUAAGAAUCUUAGACCAGUACAGGCAAAAAGACUACGUUGCACCACGUGUUCUUCAGCAAACAUUAAAUUAUCUGAACCAAGGGGUUAUUCACUCUGUGACGUGGAAGCAAAUGAAGCCACACAUACAGAGUAUAACAGAAGAGGUGAUAUUCUCUCUAAUGUGCUACAAAGAUGAGGAUGAAGAGCUCUGGCAAGAGGAUCCCUAUGAAUAUAUCCGCAUGAAAUUUGAUGUAUUUGAGGAUUAUGCAUCCACUACAACAGCAGCACAGAAUCUCCUUUAUACUGCUGCAAAGAAGAGAAAAGAGGUAUUACCAAAAAUGAUGGCAUAUUGCUACCAGAUUCUGACAGAGCCAAACAUUGAUCCAAGGAAGAAAGACGGAGCUUUGCAUGUUAUAGGAUCCCUAGCAGAUAUUUUACUGAAGAAGAGCGUUUUCAAGGAUCAGAUGGAGCUGAUGUUACAGAAUCAUGUGUUUCCCUUGUUCAUGUCAAACCUGGGAUACCUCAGAGCUCGAUCCUGUUGGGUACUUCAUUCAUUCAGUGCUUUGAAAUUUCACAAUGAGUUAAACUUGAGGAAUGCAGUAGAGUUGACAAAGAAGAGCCUGAUUGAAGAUAAGGAAAUGCCUGUCAAAGUAGAAGCAGCCAUAGCCCUUCAGACCUUAAUAAGCAACCAGGAACAAGCUAAGGAAUAUGUGAAGCCUUAUGUGAGGCCAGUUAUGCAGGAGCUCCUGCACAUCGUUAGAGAGACGGAGAAUGAUGAUCUUACCAAUGUAAUCCAGAAGAUGAUCUGUGAGUACAGUCAGGAAGUGGCUACGAUCGCCGUUGACAUGACUCAACACCUGGCUGAAAUAUUUGGUAAAGUACUUCAGAGUGAGGAAUAUGAGGAAGUAGAGGACAAAACAGUUAUGGCCAUGGGCAUCUUGCACACAAUUGACACAAUCCUGACAGUUGUGGAAGAUCACAAGGAGAUCACUCAACAGCUUGAGAGCAUUUGUUUACAGAUCAUUGGCCUUGUUUUGCAGAAACAUGUCAUAGAGUUUUAUGAAGAAAUUCUCUCCUUGGCCUUCAGCUUAACAUGCCAGAUGAUUUCACCUCAGAUGUGGCAGCUUUUAGGUGUUCUGUAUGAGGUUUUCCAACAGGAUUGCUUUGAAUACUUUGCAGAUAUGAUGCCUCUCUUGCAUAAUUAUGUGACCAUUGACACUGAUACUUUACUGUCUAACCCAAAGCAUUUAGAAAUCAUUUACGCCAUGUGUAAAAAGGUACUAACAGGAGAUGCAGGAGAAGAUGCAGAGUGCCAUGCAGCCAAACUCCUGGAAGUGAUUGUUCUUCAGUGCAAAGGACGGGGGAUUGACCAGUGCAUUCCGCUCUUUGUGGAGGCUGUGCUGGAGCGACUCACCAGAGGGGUUAAAACAAGUGAGCUCCGUACCAUGUGUCUUCAAGUUGCCAUAGCUGCACUCUACUACAAUCCUGACCUACUUCUGCAUACCUUGGAGAACAUCAGAUUUCCACACAAUCCUGAGCCCAUCACUGCACAGUUCAUAAACCAGUGGAUGAAUGACACAGACUGUUUUUUUGGACUCCAUGACAGAAAGAUGUGUAUAAUAGGACUAAGCAUCCUAAUGGAAUUGCAGAACCGACCACCUGCAGUGGAUGCUGUGGCUGCCCAGAUUGUUCCUUCGAUCCUCCUCCUCUUCUUGGGCUUAAAACAAGUUUGCGCCUCACGAGAACUCACAGAACAGGAGGAUCAUGCUAAAGAUGAAAAACACGUUGCAGAAGAUAAUGAAGAGAUACCGAGUGAUGAGGAUGAGACAAAUGAAGUGAGCCAAGCGAUGCAAGACAACCAUGGUGGAGAAGGAGGAGGUGGUGGUGGAGGUGGAGAGGAAGAGGAUGAUGAUGAUGAUGAUGAUGAUGACUGGGAUGAAGAUGCAUUGGAAGAGACUGCUCUUGAAGGGUUCAGCACACCUCUUGACCUUGAAAAUGGUGUUGAUGAAUACCAGUUUUUUACACAAGCACUUCUAACGGUGCAGAGCCGGGAUGCAGCCUGGUACCAUUCCCUGACAGCACCACUGAGUGAGGAUCAGAAGAAACAGCUGCAGGAAAUUUAUACAUUAGCAGAACACCGGCGAACUGCUGCAGAGACUAAGACAAUAGAACAACAAAGUGGAUACGCAUUUGACAACAAAGGACUGAUCACAUCAUUUAACUUUGCUGGAAGUAUUCCCGGUGGCAACUGAAGGAUCAGCUACAAAGGUCAAUGGGAAUGGUCUCAUCAUUACAUUUUCUUGAAAUCAUCGUGACUUCUGGGUGAUAGGGGAGGGUAAUUUAAUGCUGCUGAAGGUUUUCUGGAAAUUAGCAGUGUGCUUCCCCCACCAGAAUGUUCUUUCUAACCAGCUACUGUAAUGUACAAAUUUUUGUGGUGUUUUUAUAAUUUGAUGGACUGAAAGGAAAUGUUUGUCCUCAAGGAACCUGACUGACUGGGAGGGGCCAGGCUGCAUCUAAUUGAGUUGCACUUCUCAGGUUUUUGCUGUGCAGAAUUGAUAGAUUCAUAUGGAUAACAGUGCCUUCUGUUGUACAUGGAUUGCCUGAACAAAUGGAUUUUGGAGUGCAUUAUAAUUUUUUAAGUGUAAGGACAUUUCUCGAUACACUGUAAGCCUUGGUUCCAUGUUUUCCAGUCACCUGCUUUUAACUGCUCAGUUUAACUGUUCGUUGGUUUCACACACAUUGCUGGAUUCAGAAUAUUGCAGCAUCUUCCCUAUUUGGUGCAGACCAAAUGUGCAGAGGGAGUUGCAAAGCAUUCACUGGUUACAUGGAAGGGUUGUAACAAAAUUGCAGAUUUUCCCUUGAUGCAGGAGUCUUAAAGUAUUUCUCUUAGCCAUGAGUUCAACUGGCUGGAGGUAAAAUGGCAGACCUGGCAGGUGGCUGCUCUAAAAUCUGCAUCCAUGUUACCUCCUGCCUGGACAAGUGGUGGGGCUGUCACAUGUAGAUGUUCUACAUGACAGCUUCUUAUUUCCACUAUUAUUGAUGAAUAUUGGGUUUUACUUUGGAUUCUAUAAACCUCUUUUCUGAUUUUAUUCAUUCAUUACCAUUCCAGUGGUAUUACAGUGUGGUACAAAAUAUUUGCAAUAUUUUAUUUAUUUUGAUAGAAGAAACACUUCAGAAUUAAGCUUCAAACUUAAUUCUUAUUGCUACACUUCUGUGAUUGUAUUUCUGGUCUGCAUUCCAGAUGGCUGUUCUUGUCCCAUGCUGAAAUUUCUUUUAUCUGACAUAUUUUUUCCCAUAUUUCAAAGACUGCCUCCGCCAGUGGAGGUUUAGAUUAGAUAUUAGAAAAAAAAUUUAUUCUCUGAAAGGGUGGCCAGACAGUGGAACAGGCUGCCCAGGGAAGUGUUGGAAUCAACAUCCCUGGAAGUGUUUAAACAUGUGGAUGUAGCACUUAGCGACACGGUUUAACAGUGAACGCGGCAGUGCUGGGUUAACAGUUGUACCUGAUGAUCUUAGAGGUCUUUUCCAACCUAAACAAUUCUAUAUAACAAGGUGUUUGUGGAUAAGUUCAUUUAGUGAGAAAGUGAUAGCAGUACCAGUUUGAAUAGGUGCCCCUCUUUUAGAUCUAUUGGGAUUGAGGUGGUGUAGCGAAAAUCAAUAGGGGUGCAUUAGAAUGUGAAGUUUGGAUGGGAGAUAAAAUGUUUAGACCAGAUUUUGUUUCUACAUGUUAAUUUCUUUAUGACUUAAAAAUAUUUACCAGGCAAGUUUAAACACAUACCGAUAAUCUGCUUCUUUAUAGCAGUGUCCCAAAUGAAAAGUUUAAAGUCCUUUCCAUACCCCAUGAAGUUUUUCACAACUACAAUAAACGUAACCCUGGGCAGUGCUGAAGCUUUCAUUUUUAUGUGUCAGAGUAAUUCUGGUGGAGUCUGAGCACUCUAUACCUUGGCUUCUGGAAAAGACGAAGUGUAUCUGUGUGUUCCUUCUGGAAUUUUCCUAGCCUGGCAGCUGUGGAGCAGAAGGUUCCUCACUGCUUUCCUUUUUUCUGCACCUUUGUGUCAGACUCAGAUGCUUUUUCUGCUGCUGCUUCUUUUGUUUGUUUGUUUGUUUUCCCAACAUAGCAGCUGCAGAGUAAAGUUGGGCUGGUUCAGGUAGGUUUUUCACUGGUGCUACUCAAUUAAUAGCAACAGUGAAAAUUUCUCACUUUUAGGCCUGUUGUAAAUAGGAAAACUGUGAGAGUUCCAGGGUCUGUAUUUCCAAAAGGGAACAAUCUUUUGAGCUACAUUGACAGGCUCUUUAAAUUCAAGCAGCUGAGGGCCAGGAUUUCCUUUUGAAUGUCAGGCUAUGAAAAUUAGAGGUUAUUUUUGCUAAUUUAGGCUGGGGCUGUAUGGUCUGAGACAGUAAGUAGGAAAGCAUUAUAUCCAGGGUUUUGGGGAGUUUCUCAGAAACCACGGAAGUUUUGAAAUCCUCCAAAAAUUUAAUGGUUUUUGGAAGUUAUGGCCACUGACAACUUCUGUCUUACCUGUCAACUGAAGUUAAGUAUUAGGCAGGUAAACUAUUUAAGCCCUUUGUUAUUUUAUUAAAAGAAACAAGUCUGUUGAGUUGGCUUUUUUCCGAAGCCUGUUUGCCUUCUCUACACUGGCGCACAGAGUAGAAGAGGGAUUUAUUUUUCUUCUGCUAAUGAGGUUGCUUGCACAGUCUCAGGCUAAUAUUCAGGAGUUAAUGUGCUCAAGGAAAAAUCUGCUUUUGCAUAGCAUCAUCUUUGUGUCACUCGGCUGAACUAUGGCUGCUCCCUAGUUCUGCUUCUUGUGUACUUUUCAAAUCGACUGCCAAGAAAAUUUCAUCCAGAUGUUUCUUACAAGGGGUUUAAUCAGCAGCAUGGAGUCGGGAAUCUUUUGUUGUCUCUUUCUCAGUGGGGUCAGAGAUGUCUGAGGGGAUGGCAUGUAAAAAGGUUAAAUGCCCUUCCCUUCCCAGGGGAUUCAUGAGCAAAUGUUUCUGCUGGCAAAAGCAAAUGUUAAUUAUUUUAUUCCUUUUUUUGAAAAGGGUUUUCAUCCAAAAAGAUUUAUUGGUCUCUAGCCUCCACUUUAACAUAUGGUUCUCUUUUAACAUGAUAAAUCUCAGUUUGUACAUGAUCAUAAAUAGGUAAUGGAUUUUAGGGGUUUAUUUCUGAGCUGUGUCCAGCUUUGUACUACAUUAAAGGGAGAGUAACACGAAUAUGCAUUACUGUCUCACUUUCAAGCCAAGGUAAUCAUGGAAUAUCAGAUACCAGCAUUGCCAAUCAAGCGUGAUGUAUUUGCCAUUGAAAGUACAGAGAAUCUUGAAUGUAUUGUAAAAUAAAACAAAGGCUGUGAAAACUGGUGACCUAUGUUGCCCCAUGCCCAUAUUCCCAAAAUAUGAAGGUGACUCGUGGGCACCAUGGUGGCUUUGCAUAGGAAAUGAGCAUUAUGUGGAUGAUAAUCAUAGCAAGUGUUAACUUACAAAAGCUUCUUUUUCAGAUAAAAUUAACUGGUCCCGGGUAUUGAAUUGCAUAUGCUGUUUUGUCACUCUUGAAAGGAAAAUAAGAAUCAUCACAUGUUUUGACUGC